GAGCUGUUGAAAGCGUCUGUUGUCGUUUUAAGUUGUGUAAACUAUUUUUCUUUUUUUCCAGCGUACUCAUAAAAAAAACAACAACUUCUCAAUCGCUACAGGGGGGCAGUGGAACGCGCACGCACCCAAAAAAUAAAUAUGUUUGACCCCCGCAGGUCGGGAGCUCCGCGGUCCGAGCUCGGGGCGGGGUCCGUGAACGCACCGCGGCUCCAGAGUACUAGUACGGCGCCGAGUGACAGUCCCGCUCCACGGUAGCUGCUCCGCCGCACCGCCGCUCCCCGCACCGCGGCAACUGGACCAGAGCCGAGCAGGGCAGGGGCAGGGGGUGGGGGGAACCAGGCAGACCGAGAGACGCGCGGUGUGCAGCGGCAGCAGCGGCAGCAGCAGCAGGACGGGCUCCGUGCGCUGUAAUGCGCAGCGAACGGGAUUAAAGCGCUCAGACGGCGGCGGCAGUAGUAGUGGAUAGGAGCGGGGGGAGCUCCGCGCCGCAGCCCUCGCCGCGUGUGCUCGCGCCCCCGUGUGCGCCUGGAAAACUUGCGGCGCCCCGUCCGCGAAAUUCGAAACAACCGCUCGGAGAAAGGAAAGGGAACUAACGACAGAGUCCAGCCCGAGGUAAACGAAAACAAAAACAAAGACGGAACCGCGGUCCACGUUUGACCUCGCGGCGGUGGCGGCGGCGGCGGCGGCGACCACCCGGACCGACCUCCGCCUCGCCGCUCACAUGCCCGCGUCGACGUGGGGCGGAGGGAGGGCAGCGGAGCCGGCGGACGGUUGAAGCAGCUCGCCGGAACUCGCAGCAAACCACUGACACCACUACUACUACUAAUAAUAACAACAACAACAACAACAACAACAAUAAUAAUAAUAAUAGUGAAAACGGCAAGUUUGUUUGCAGUUGGACUCGCGGCAGGCGGCCGGCUGUCAGUCGCCAUGGAGGGCCAAGCGGGCGAGCUCCAGAGCUGCGAGGACGUGCGGAGGAGCGGCUACCUCCGCAAGCAGAAGUCCAUGCACCGGCGCUACUUCGUGCUGCGCGCCGCCUCGGAGCGCGGCCCGGCCCGCCUGGAGUACUACGAGAGCGAGAAGAAAUUCCGCGGCAAGGCCCCGGUGCCGAAGAAAGCGCUGGCGCUGGAGACCUGCUUCAACAUCAACAAGCGGGCCGACGCCAAGAACAGGCACAUGAUCGUGCUGUACACGCGGGCCGAGAGCUUCGCGAUCGCCGCGGACAACGAGGCGGACCAGGACGAGUGGUACCAGGCCAUGGUGGAGCUGCAGUGCAAAAGUAAGAACCUCACUGACAGUGGCGCUGCGGGGGACUAUGGCAUACCUAAUCCUGGGCCUGCGUUCAAAGAGGUGUGGCAAGUGAAGGUGUGGCCCAAAGGCUUGGGUCAAGCCAAAAACCUUGUGGGCAUCUACCGCCUUUGUCUGACUGACAAGACAGUCAACUUCGUCAAGCUCAACUCUGAUGCUGCUGCUGUGGUGCUGCAGCUGAUGAAUGUCCGCCGCUGUGGCCAUUCAGAAAACUUCUUCUUUGUUGAGGUUGGACGCUCUGCCGUGACAGGCCCGGGCGAGUUCUGGAUGCAGGUGGAUGAUUCAGUGGUGGCCCAGAACAUGCAUGAAACCUUGCUAGAGGCAAUGAAGGCAUUGAGCGAGGAGUUUCGCCAACGCAGCAAAUCUCAGUCUAACUCCGGCCCUGGAGGGGGUGCUACUGCUUCUAACCCUAUCAGUGUUCCGUCACGCCGCCACCACCCAAACCCUCCUCCCAGCCAGGUGGGCUUCAACCGCCGUCCCCGAACUGAGCCUCCUGGAGGCGCAAACAGUGGAGCAGGAGGCAACAGUGCCAACGCUUCUCCAACCCCACGGGAUAUCUUCCCGAGGUCUCGCACUGCCAGUGAUGGAGGGAAAUGUGAGGAUGGGAUGAACAUGACCACACCGCUCCAAGGUCCGGGCUCCAGCCCCUCCACCAACGGCUCCUGUUCUACCACCCCAAUCCUCAGGUCGAAGUCAGCUCGUUCAGUCCCAACCACAGCUGCUAAAACCCCUCUUGGGCUGAUGCGCUCCAUCUCCACCCCAGCACCCUCCCCAGCCCAAAGCCUCUCAUCUAGCUCUGGGCAUGGCUCUGACUUUGGAGGUGUACCAUCUUCUGGUAUUGGUCCAGGGUGUGGUACCUACAGUCAUGUUCCCUCCCAUCGUGCCUCUGUCUCAGGCUCCCCCAGUGACUACGGCUCCUCAGAUGAGUACGGGUCUAGUCCAGGGGAUCACACUCUCCUUCCCUCCCCAAGCCUCCCCGGAAGCUCUGUUAGUAGCGUCAGCAGCCAAUCUCUUUGCGAGGAGGGAGCUAACUACAUCCUGAUGGGCCAACGUAGUGGUGGGGGUGGCAGUGGCACCAGUAAUCAAGGGAGCUUGACAUCCAGUUCACUGCCAGCACCAGGAACACCAGCCUGUGGCUCCCAACCCCAUACCAGGAGAGUGUUACGUCGGUCCUCCAGUCGUGAAUGUGAAGCUGAACGAAAGCUGCUGAGCAAGCGGGCUUCAUUACCUCCUAUGACCCUGGAGAGGCUGGCUCCACAUCAGCAUAGAGCUGAGGAACCAGCAGAUGAAGAUUCAGCAGAUUAUGCCAUCAUGUCAAGGAGCACAAGCCGCGAGUCCUUCGCUUCCUCCUCUUCCACACAGAGGGAAAUUGUCAUGGGUGUUGGCUCAGCAGGGGCAGGAGGAUACUUGGAUGUGGUGGGAGAGUUCAAAAGUGAAGAGAGUGGAGGAGCAGUUGGUAGUGUAGAUUUAGGUGUUGACAAUGGGUAUAUGUCCAUGCUGCCUGGCGUCACUCAGCCUCCAGCAUCCCUAUCCCAGUCCUUGGCUGUUGCUGUCCCAGACUCAGAUUCAAAACCUGCUGACGAUUACAUGGCCAUGACCCCUAAUAACAGCGUGUCCCCUCCACAGCAAAUCCAGCCUCCACCAGCUUCUGAUGGCUAUAUGAUAAUGUCCCCCAAUAGCAGCUGCUCCCCUGACCAGCGUGGAGGUCUCGCUGGAGGGGCUUGGAUGGGCAGUGGCAGUGCAGACAGCAGGGCAGGCAGUGACUAUAUGAACAUGUCGCCAAUCAGUGCACGCUCUGUAAAUGGCAGUCCCCCGCCUCCUGAACACACCAGUCAUAUGGAGACCAGCUCUCAACAGCCAACCCCCAAGAUGGUGUAUUCGUACUAUUCCCUUCCCCGGUCAUACAAACAUAAUCCUUCUGCCGGACACUUUGACGAUGGGCCUGGACGAGGCAGAAGGCCCAAUGGGAGUUGUAGUAGGGGAAUGAGUGGAGGUAGGACAAUGGGAGGGCGUCAGGAGCAAGCAGCAGCAGGCAACUCAGUGGUCGGACGCCACCUGUCACUGUCCUCUUCCUCAUACUCCUCCAGCUCAGCCAGCAGUGAGAGCCUUGGUGAGAGCGAGGAGCGAGCUACCCAGGCAGUGAGCACCAUGGCUGGGGGACCUCAGUCCAAAGAUGGGAGUAAGCUCCAGCAGAGACGGGGCUCUGGCGGGUUGUCCAAGCAGGGUAGUCAUAGUAGAAGCAGACCAGUGAGCCUGUUUGUUGACGUAUCCAAGGCUAAUACCCUUCCUAGAGUCCGUGAGAACCCCCUGCCUCCCGAACCUAAAAGCCCUGGGGAGUAUGUAAGCAUUGAGUUUAAGGGGGAGAAGUGCAGCCAGACUGGGGUUGUAGGGGGGCGUGGCAGGGGUCUCCGGCAUGGCUUAUCACUGCCUCAUUGCUCAAGCAGCCAGAAUCCUCAACACAGGCCAACUUCUUGCCUAGGUAACUUUGUCACCCUCUCCCAUAGCCCCUCUGCUCCCAUCACUCCCCCAGCUGCCUCUGAAUAUGUCAACAUGGACCUGGGCCCUUCUCCGUCCCCUUCACCCCUCUCCCUUACCACACUAGUUUUCCCAUCUUUUCACACACCUCCCACGCCUCCAACUCUUGCUCAUGCGCCAAAAGCUUGUGAUGAGGGUAUUACUGGCCCCCGGGAAGAGGGGGUGGAAGUGGCUGAAGCCCCACUUAGGAAAAGCAGAGACAGUGCUCCAUCUGUGGCUGAGUCUGAGUCCCCUACGUCAUGUGGAGACUACACAGAGAUGGCCUUCAGCUUGAAUAGCAACAACGUCCCUAGGUCAUCAUCCAGUAUCUCGCCCAAAGCCCCUUCCCCCACCAGGACUGAUCCUUCUGUUCCAGUAUUGUCACGGGGUCUAGACUUCCCCCUUGCGAAACCCGGACUCAAUCCAGACCACGGGGCAAAAGUUAUCCGAGCCGACCCCCAAGGACGCAGACGACAUUGCUCAGAAACCUUCCUUGCCUCGCCUUCCCUCCCCACCUCUACCUCCACUUCAUCUUCGUCCACUGCCUCCCUAUUUCCAGAACACACCCAAGCCGUGGCCCGUCGGCUAGGCUUUGAAAGUAUGCUGUGGGGGAAUGGUGCAGUGACUGAUAGCCCCACUCAGUGCCCCCUCGCUGGACAACAGUCUCUUCCCACAAACACUCAAACUUCAUCCACAGAGCAAGGUCUUAACUAUAUUGACUUGGACUUGGUCAACAAAGAGAGCCCCCAUUUGGGCCUGGAUGGACCCUCAGGUAGCCAGGCCCCUUCUCGCCUCUUCUCUGUGCUGGGUGGAGGUUCUGGGAUUGGGGGGGUGGGCGCAGCAGUUGGCAGCAGCAGCAGUUCCAGCCUCAACACUUACGCCAGCAUUGACUUCUACAAAUCAGAGGAGCUGCGGACACAUCAGAACGGAAACAAGGAGGGAACAGAGUGUUGAUGCCGGCGCGUCGUCCUUGGGGAAAACAAUCUGGUACCACUCCGAGAGCUGCAAGCCCCGCCUGUUCCUCUUCGUGAACAGCCAAUUGCAUCGAAAGGAGCAGCUGGAAUCGGACACGCCCCCUGAAGCACUUUGACAGAGACUGAUGGAGAAGGGUCUUCUUCUCCUUUUCUCUUCCCCCCCCCCCCCCCCCCCCCCCCCCCGGUCGCUUUCAUCUUGUUGGAUAUGGAAACCCAACAGGGACGUGUGCCAAAUUACAUUCUUCAAAAGACGUUGCUGCUCUCAUUUCCUUGAGUGACAGCCAAUCAGAGAAAGGUACAAAAAAGUGGAGGAUUUUAUUUUGUUUUGUUUUUUUGAAUCUCCUCCAAGCGGAAGAAAAACAUAAGAACUCAAAUCACGAAGCGUACGACGGCGGCUGAUUAUCAUGCGUACGAAAAAGAAAACAUAUGUUGAACUAUAUACACCGCGUCUGCUCAAAAAGUGCCUCAUUUUCAGACUGUAGCUGUUUUGCAAAGAACUUACAACUUAGCCACGACUAAGUGAAGCUUUGGAUUCUUAUUCUGAUUUUUGCGCUUAAUUUGCUGUAGUGACAAAAAAAAACAACAACAAAAAAAUCGCAGCAGAAGAUGUCGACACGAGUGGGGGCCACUUUUCGCCACGUUCAUGUCACGCAGAACGGAUGGUACGUUGUGUGAUCACAGUCAGCACUGUACCGUGCAACACCAUAUCCGUUGAGUUUGGGUUGAAUGAAGGACUCAUAGUUGCGACUUACAGGUUGAUGCAAAUGACACACUGACAUAAAUCAGUUAUGAUGUGAACGUGGCAUUGUCCGCUCACAUAAGCGAUAUGACGGUACUAGCUAAUCCGCUGGCCUUCCUGUUCUACUGUGAGAAAUAUUAGCAUAGCAGCCGUUAGCUUACUGCUCAUUAUAACGUGUCACUUUUUCCCCCGUCUGUGUCCCCCUCCCCCUUUUCUUUUCACUCCUCGCUUUUUUUUUUAUCAAAGCCAUACGCCGAAAGUAUUAAACUCACAGGUUUGUUUAAAAAAAAAGAAAGAAAAGAGGGCACCUGUAUCGGGGAGAUACAUUAGCUCGCUUGCUAGCUCACGAGCGCUAGUUCGGAUUAAGAUAUUAGCGGCCCCGCCGGGACGUAAAUACCCCGUCCCGCUGACUGCAGCUCAGGUUGAGGACCCCCCCCCACUACAGAGCCAAGCAAUCCCAUUAGCGCUGUUAGCUCCAGACACAGUGUCUCACCUAAUCCCCUUUGUCUCAGGACGCUCAAUGGCGUAAGGUGCGCACAGUCGAGGAUAGAGGCCCUAUCAAUAGCCAUGCUAAUGCUAGCUCGGUUGCGGUCAGCACACUGCUUUUAGCGCCUAGAAGCGGGUCAGCCGUUAUUUCAAUCAUGUCAGGAUAAAAGACUGCUAAUUUGUUCUUACUCAUUUUAUACAAUACCAGGUACCAUGUAUUUAAGAAGAUGGUUUUUACACUUUUAAAUUUUUAAACCGGCUCAAUUGACCCUAAAUUCUUAUUUAAGCCUCUCUGUUUCUGUGUCCCCCCCCCCCCGUCUUUUAGCUCUUACUUUAAUCUCCGCUAUGCAUCAGCACUUAAGUGCCUGUCUGUCCUGUUCGCCUGCCCGUCUCUCUGCCCCCCGCCCCCCCGACUUAGCAUCUAGCACUAAUAGGGCCGUCCCAGCAGAAUAUAUAUCAAGUCUAUUUUUGUGUCUAUUUUUGUCUCUUUAUUUGUUGUACAGUUCUCAUGAAAUAUCCUGAUUGUGUUUUGUUUCGAGUGUGAAAUUGAUCCGUCACAUGAGUUGACAAGACAGCCGAGGCCCCAGCCGCGGGCGUCCUGGACUGUUUCAUUUCGUUCGGUAACGGAGGACUCGGGGCCGUUGCGGGGCCAUCAGUGCCAAAUCGCAACGACGACGACGACAACAACAACAACAAAAAGACGAAGCUGUUCUCCUCUCCCUCCGACAGCGCCUCAAAAUGCAACCUUCAGCUCUCAAGUCUGGACGCAUUGCUUUGCUUUGUUUCAACGAUGUAACCAGUAGUCUGCUACUGUGUCUCCUGGAGAUAAAGGUCGUUGUGAAGACUUGCGUAGGCUUUAACCUUGGAUGAUUUUUCUCUCUGACCUUGAACGCAGCAUCAUAAAGAAAAGUGCAUGAAGAGAAAGACAAAGGCCACCGCGAAAACGACAACAACAACACGUCUGAAAUUUGUGUGUGCGUCGACUUUGUGCUCGUGCGUUUCCCUGCCUGCCUUGGGAAGUUCAUGAACUUUUCUCACUCUGGUCACAUAACUGUCGGGGGGCCGGGAGCACAACAAUGCAGCUCAAUUACGACCAGAUUGGGAUCUGUGGUCGUAAUUGCCCCGUAAUGCUGGUCGGCAAUGCAGAAGUUGAAGAAAAACAAUUGUCCUUCAAACCAGCUUCAGCACAUAAAUCCAGGACUUUCACGCGGACUCGCAAAGCAAACACGUGACGAUCCGGUUGAAAUGAUUCUUAUGUACUUUGGAGAUGUUCUCAUACUGAAACCCAGCAGUUUUCCACCGCCAAAACAGAAAUGCUUAAAAGGUACUCGUAGUUUUUUAAAGAAAAACGCACAAACAGACUCGCUUUCAGUCAACUGACGUUAUUAUCCUGCCGUGUGGAGCCCCCAUCCAGCUCUGAGCAUUAAUGAACUUCUCAAUAACCCACGUUUUUACGGCCCACAGUCCGGACGUUUGUUUUGGGCUUUGACUGCCCCGUGGCAAAAGGCCUCGAUGGUCACAGCUGCAUAUCACCAAUGAGGUUCCUCGGGGAGAGCUCAGACAAAAGGGGGUGGUUGGACAGUGUACGUGGCCGCAUGAUUUCAUCCAUUGCAUUGUCGAGUGUGGAGAGAUAUUCAUAACUUGUGCAGGAGAAGUGCUGCUGCUGCUGCUGCUGCUGUUCUAAAAAUGUUUUUAUCCCUUCCUCCUGUUCCUCUGAGGGAUGGUACUGAAUGGGAAUAUUGUGAAAUUUGCCAUUGAUGUAGACAGUUUUACUUCUGUUGCUUGAGAAAAAUCUUGACUAAAAAAAAAAAAAAAAAGAGUCAAACAACAAA